AUGAGGCACGGGCACUUGUCUCUGGGUGAUGGACUUAACUAUAGUGGCGACAGUCAACACGCCUGGUAUAAUGCUAUGCAUCAGUGUGUUCUGCUCCUCUCUACCUCCUGUGUCUACAUGCUGCCUUUAGAUGCGUCUCUGGACUCCGUGGCCGCCGCUACGUCCGUCUCCCGUGCGUCAAGGAACCUGAAGACGUUAUACAACUUCAACGAUCCAGAAGCCAGUAAUGGCCACAAGGAAUCCAUACAACAGCAAAGCAGACUGAUGAAGAUUAGGUUGAUGCAACUGUCUGUCGACCGUCAAUUUCUUGCCAUCCAGCACAGCGACAUUGAAGUGCAGGUCCUGCAUCGAGCCACUCGGACAUCGUGUUGGGUCCUGUGCAGCUCCAGGACGGGCAACAGGAUUAUGAACGAAGGUGUGAUCUGGAGUGCUCAUCAGUAUAAGACUUCAAGUCUUCAGAGUCUGUUUCUCGUCACAAAGUUUGGGCUGGAACACCAUCAUGUGAGCUGGAAACACCACAGCUGUGUCCUGCACAAGACUGUGGGGCUCGAUGCUCACAACUUUUGGUAUGCAGCUUCACAUGGAGUACUGCUGUUAAGCACAGGUUCUCGUGCAAAUGAGAUUGUACCGUUCUUAGUGAACGGGGAAAAUGUGAAGAAACUGCCGAAGCUGGUGUUCGCCACGUCGGUAAACAAGCAAGAUCUGCGCUUGGUUACCUUGUAUGGAAGUGUGUACGUAGUGUACAAUGAUCCCAGCUCUACGAAGCUACUUUUGUACUUAGUAGGAAGGACGGAUGUAUCAUGUGUGCGCUCGUUCAAUCUCAUGCUGCCGCCCGGGACAGCGCUAGAUUAUUCGGUAGUGGACAAUCUGCUGGUUUGCCACAGCCUGGAAUUCAAUGUCAGCUUGUUCUUCGACAUAAAGUGUGACACAACAAUGAGCGACCCAUUCUCGGCACCUCUGCCGAUAUCGUUAAGUCCGCCAUGUAUAGCUUGGGACAAAAAGAGCAAGACGGCAGCGGCCGUGGACAUCCUAAACAAAUUUGAUGAUUUUGGUCUUCACGUCGCCAGGACUGGCCAGGAAAAUGAACUGCCGUCGUGCUCACUAACAUCGGAGCUCAAGACUCGCCGCGCACCAAGCGUGAUGGACGUAGAUUUGCCCAGCUCCACUGGCGAUGUGCUAAAUCUGUCCCCAUCCAUACUCUUGCCUCCAGCGUCUCAGCUAGCGAAGCAAGGAUCAGCAAGACAGCAUCAGCGUACAAUAUCAGCAGUAACUGCGGAGAAGGCGCUCGUCACACACCACGAAGCCGCUGUUGCACACUUUUCUCAAUGGCGCUUUCAUGCCCCUAAUUUUAUGCAACGAUCGUGUUCAAGUAGCGGGGUCAAACAAGUGGAAAUUCGGGUGCUGCAGCUAAACUUAGCCGGGAUUUGCAAGACCUGCGAGCACCAUCCGGAGAUCGUCCCUUUCUUAUUGCGUCGCAGUGACUGUGAUUUGGCAAAGAUGUUGGUAUUGAAGUUGGUACGACGUCACAUCGUGGAGCAGCAAGCAUCUCUUUAUUCUAUCGCUCGAAUGCUGAGUCCUGUUCAAACGACGUCUAGAAAUGACCGACGUAUUAAGCAUGCCGAACCGGUCACAUCUGUUGAUGAGUACUUCUCGUCAGGGGUUAUUGGAGAAGGACCAUCUGCUCGUGAUGUCAGCAGCUCUAUCCUCAUUCAACAGGCAGAAUUGUACCACCAUGUGUGGAAACGGACACUAGAAGACACAAAUGUCGCUACAAGCUGCAACUUGAGUAUCUGCAUUGUCGAAUAUAUCAAGGGUUUACGAAAGAGGGAGAUACAAGUGGAGAACAUUACAUAUCUUGCUCUGGCAGAGUGUUUUAUAGCUACAGAAGAACCGGCCAGGCUCUACCAAUUUCUGAGCCAUCACGUGAUAGCUGAUUUCGUGGAGCUUGCAGAAUUGAUGGUUCGGAACGGGAAAACAUUUCCAGCUCUGUUUCAAGCGGGAAUGGAUAUGUAUUUUCGGUUGGAUGCGAUUCCUCCCCUCUUGCACGCGCUCUUGGACCUUGGCCAGACGGAGCAGGCAAUAGAGAUUGCUUGGCAACACAUCGACUCAACGUCGUGUAUUCCAUCGGUUCUUCCAGGUGUUGCCUUCUUUGACUCGUUAGUCAGAUCAGUCACUUCAUCCAAGCAGCCCCGCUCUUCGCUGCAAGUGACGCAAAUGCUGGGGCAUCUGCUGCAUUUCUUGAAGGUGUGGGAUCCUACUGCGCUUGAACGUUCAAGCAGGACUUCUGUAUCAAGACUCGCAAGUUGUGCUACGGUUCCGUUCCCAGACGAAAUGGUUUUACUGAGCUCGCAACCCAAGCUCAAGAAAGCGUUUGGAUUUGGAAUGAUGAGCAGAAAUGAUCGUGGAUAUGUGGCCGAUCGAUGA